AUGAGUAGUUUAAGAUUAAUUUGCUCCCUAUCAGCGGCAACCCACCGCCCCGCGCCCGCGACGCGGCGUCGACGCGCUCGCCGCCGCCAUCGCCCCUCCCCGGCCCCGGACGAGUCCAGCUCUCGAACGCGCCCCCCGCGAAUCGCCCGACGAUCGACCGCGACCGGCCCGACGAAUACCUCUCCCGCCGCGCUCGUAACUCGCCCCGACCCCGCCCCCCCCGCGCCUCGCCGGCGCCCUGCGCGAAACCCCCCGCCGAACGACGCCGCCCCUCGCCCGCGCGCCGACCGCAUCCGAACUCGAACCACGACAACUCCCACCACAUCAGCUCUCCACAACCCGGCCAUCCUCGACCGGCCCCGCGUACCCGCCCUCGAACGUCGAACGACCUCACGCGAACGCCCGACGGACUCCCCCACGGCACCCCCCCGUUGCCGACAGCACAACUGCCGCGCGUCCCCGCGCGGAGGACCAGAGCACGCACUCCACGCCACGGCCCAUCCGCCCGAGCUCGCGAACCCCGCGCACGCGCCGAUCUGCACUAACUAUAACCGUACCGCGCGCGAGUGCCCCGAUCCGGGCCGCGCUCGACCCCCCCCGUCGGCGUCACCGACACGUCCGCCCGCACAGCCCGCCGGAACGCCGGUCGCCCACCGAGCGCGACGCCCGCGCGGCUCCCGCGCGCCGCCCCCCGCGCGUCGACCGCCCACCACCGACGAACGACGCGCGCCCGCACGUGGGGCGCCCCCACCCGCACACGCCGCGCCCCGUCGCCCACCGAACCGGCCGCCCAGACCGCCGGCCGCGCGCGCCCGCGAACCCCGCGAGCGUCCCCGCCCCGGUUCCGGAAUCCCCGCGCGACACCCCGCCCCCCCAGCAAAGACACGAUCCCGAAGCCCUCACCCCCCCGCCCUAUCCCCCGCCGCCGAGUCCGAAGUCCAGCGCAGCCACUCGCCCCCCGCCCACGCGGCGAGCCGCCGGUCUCGCGAAUCCUCCGCCUCCCGCGCGCGCGCCGCGCGCAGAACCGACCACCCGCGUCCCGAACACCCCACGAUCGUCGUCGUCCGACCCACCGUCACGGCGGCCUCCGCGCCCGCAGGCUGCCGAACCCGCCCCGCGAACCCGACCUGCGCCUCCGCCCACGACCCGAACGCCGCUCGGGCUCGUAAAACGGCCCGCUACCGAACUUCCAGCCCCGCCGCGGCCGACCGCCGAACCCCCGCCGUUACCUUCUCGCGUCCGCGCCGCGCUCAUCCCCGCCGGCGUCGACGAAAGGCCGCGCCUGACGGCCCACGCGCCGGAACCGCGCGCCCCCCCCGCCCACGAACCCCGCCCCGCGCGCGCGCCGACCGCGCUCGCGAAACCGGCCAUUACUGGCCCGCGCGCGUCCGACGCGUUUCCUCGCCCGCGAUACCGCGCCGAGCCCCGUCGCCCGCCGCCCCGCCGCUGACGCGGCGCACGCAGCGCGCGAUCCGCUCACGCCCGUCGGCCGUCCACAGCCGCGCUUCGGCCCCGCCGCCCGCCGAAAGCCGAACCCCCGGCGCUCCACGCCCACAGAAACACCACGCGAUCUCAGCGCGCCGACCCCGCCUCGCCCCCAUCCGCCCAACGCCCCUCUACCCCGCCCUUCCCGCGCCGCCGUCGCUCACCGUCUCACUGCAUCCGGACCUCGACCGCUACCCUCCCAGCCGAAUCGCCGCGACUCACGAAAACCCGGCCGCGCCCCGCAUCGCGCGCUCGAACCACUCCCCACACCCACGCGGCGCGACCGUCCUGACCCUCGCGGCGAAAAACCGCGCCAGCCCCGAACGGGUCCGAACCCCAGAACAGCGCGCGCGAACACCCCGCGCUCGAACGUCCGACGACGCCCGCGCGCAACGCGCCGCCCUGCCGCCCUCGCGCGCAGCGCGCACCCCCACCGUACGCCGCAGCAGCGUCGCGCGCCCGCGCACUCAGAACGCGCCGCCCGCAAACCGCCCACCGCCACCCCCCCCCACGACGCCACACGCACCCACGGCCCGCCACACCCGUGCCCGACCCCGACUCACCCCCCUCCCACGCGUCGCGCCCCGAAGCAGACAGCCGUCGCGACGGCGCCGCGAAUCCUCCGAAAAUCGAAUCGCGCCCCCGCCCCCCGUCCGAAUCGCCUCCGCGCGCGACACACGGCCGGCCGGCGGCAUCGCCGGCGCCCUCCGGCCGACGCGCGACCACGCCCGCACGCCGUGCGCGCGCAUCACGCCGCCCCAGCCGAACUCAACCGCGACUGACCAGCGGCCCGCCGAAAACGCGUACCCCCGGCCCCAUUCGCCCGAUCCGCACGCACCAGCGCGGGCCGACGAACGACCCGCACUCCGCGCCGACCCCUCCGCCACUCCCGCGCAGCGCACCGACGACGCGCGAACCCGCCCCCACGCGACGACGUCACGACCCACGCCCGCCCAGGCCCCGGCGACCCUCGGCGCCCCGCGCCGCCCCCGGCCGGCGCCGAACCGCGCCGAUCGCCGCGUACGAACAGCACGAACCGGCCGGCCCGCGCGCCCGCGCCGCCGCGAACCGCCGAUAUCCCGCGCGCCUCCCGCUCCCCGGCGACCCGCUCCGCCUCGUAAGCCGAAAUGCAAUAACUAA